CCAACUUGGUGAGCCGGGUCAGGAAGGAGUUUGACUGCUGGGAUGGGGUCGGAUCCUACUCGAAGCACUCCACCAUGAAUAAGAAUCUUCGGGUUGGAUAGGCAGUAGAGAUAGGAACUCCUAUCUGUUCUCUAGGGCGGGCUUUCAAGAUACUCCAUCUGGCUUGAAGAUCUCGUGGGGAAAGAUAAGAAUCCCUUAAGCUUCACCUUAUUCGCUGCAACAUUGCACAGAUUGACCCUGAGAAUGGAAUACGUCAGCCCAGAAGGACUUCGCUUGGAUGGUCGCCGACCCAUGGAGAUGCGACAAAUCCGUGCAGAGAUUGGUGCUGUAUCAAAAGCAGAUGGUUCUGCCAUUUUUGAGAUGGGUAAUACAAAAGUUAUUGCUGCUGUUUAUGGCCCUAGAGAGGUGCAAAAUAGGAGCCAACAAAUUAGUAGCCAUGCUCUGGUUCGGUGUGAGUACAGCAUGGCUAAUUUUAGCGCUGGAGAUCGCAUGAGGAAACCUAAGGGCGACAGGAGAUCAACUGAAAUUUCUCUGGUUAUUCGCCAAACCAUGGAAGCGUGUAUAUUGACACAUUUAUUGCCGCGUUCCCAGAUAGAUAUUUAUGUUCAAGUUCUCCAAGCAGAUGGAGGAACUAGAUCUGCAUGUAUAAAUGCUGCAACUUUGGCCCUUGCCGAUGCUGGGAUCCCUAUGCGUGAUCUUGUAACUUCCUGUAGUGCUGGAUACCUUAAUAGCACCCCUCUGCUCGAUUUGAACUACGGAGAAGAUAGUGCUGGAGGUCCUGAUGUAACUCUAGGAAUUCUGCCAAAGCUGGAUAAAGUGACACUUCUCCAGAUGGAUUCUAAACUACCAAUUGACCUUUUGGAAAAUGUAAUGCAACUGGCAAUUGAAGGCUGCAAAGCAAUAGCAAACUACAUUAGAGAAAUUUUACUGGAGAACACAAAUCAACUCGAGUAUCGACGAGGUGUAUAGUUUUGUAGCAGAAGUAUUGUUUCUUAUUUGCUUCCAUUUAAUGCUUUCUAUUUGUUUCCUAUUUUACUGGAAACAUUUAUUUUGGUAUACGAUGCUGACUAAACGUAACCUGUAGUUUGUAGAAUUGGUUUCUCAUUUCUUCCAACUUGCCUUGUCGACUAAAGUAGCAAAUUUAUGAAUUAUUGAGUUCAUGUUCGUCGUUU